ACCCCUAAAGUGUGCUGGGUGCCCCACCACUGGAGAGAUGAGACUUUGGCUGUGGUUUGGGACAUGGGGGAGAUUGGAUGAGAGGGCUGUGUGUCCUCUUCUUGGAAACUGUGCUGGGUUUGCUUUGUAUGAGGGUGGGGAUUUCUGAGUGUUGGCAGAGAUGGGAGAAGCAACAGCAUGAGGAACUGAUCCUCCUUUGGGAGCUGGUCCCUCCAGAAACGGAUGCUGGGGGCUUUCCCAGUGGAUGCUUAUAGCUCUUCACAAGUAUAUCUGAAACACACAGAUUAACUCUGUGUUGGGGCUGGUGGGACUCUGCAGUCCUGCUGUCUGGCGUGCUGGCCCUCCAUCCCUCUCCUGGCAUCUCAUCUUGGCUUGUUUCCUGGAAUGUUCUAUCGUUUGGGUUAUAUUUGGGAUCGGCUGCCAAGAACCCCCGUUUCUCAUGGCCAGCCCAGCUGGGGUUUGGCUCCAGCAGGAAGCGUGAGGAGAGCAAGAGGGGCCAGAGCCCUAAAGCCAUGCCCCAGCAUCUUCCUCCUGCAUUUAAACCCCUUGAAACCAACCUCUCUACCUCUAAAGCCAGACUGGGUUGUUGCGUGCUGUCAGCCCCAGGCUGGAGCUCAGGGUUGUGUUGCCUGCAUUGUGAGGGAUGCUCAGGGGAGGCAGGGUUGGGCUGGGGGGCAUUUCUGCAAGGCCACCACUGAGAAUCCUCACUUGCACAGCUGCUCCAGGACAAGUUGAAAACUGAGUUUUAAGGACAUAGUUUAGUGGGCAUGGUGGCGACAGGAUGAUGAUUGAAUUAGAUGAUCUUAGAGGGCUUUUCUAACCUUAAUGGUGCCAUGAAAAAAGCCAGCAGAGCCCCUGGUCAGCAGGCAGCUGGAUGCCGUCUGUCUGUCUCAGGGCUCUGGCUCACUGCCCCGACACCAGGCUUGCCAUGCAGGGACGUGGCAAGAGGGACUGCCUGCAGAGCAGAGAAGGCAAUUCCCCAUAGCACCAAGGGGGAGUCCAGCCUCUGGGGGAACACCCGGGGAAAUGCACAGGGGGGAUGUUGCAGGGUGGGCAGGUUUGAAGCACAGCUUUGCUAUGUGGUGCUGGGCCAACCCCUGCUUGUGCUCCCCAGCAUGGCUCUCAGCAUGCAGUUCCAGGGCAGAUGUUUGUGCAAGUGUGUAAGUGUCUCGGGCUGGAUCCAAGGCUGGCUUGGGCACCAGACCCACUGCCAGCUGGAGGUGCUGUGUCAGAGCCUUUCUUCUUACCCUGGUCAUUAUCAUUAGCAGCACUCACAAAGCAUUUCCUCUCCCCUGAAGCCAAUUCUUGGCUUUUGCAGCCCUUAAGAUCAGGGGGGGCCCAUCAGCAGGGAGAAAUUACUUUUGAAACUGGGGAAAUUGAGGCAGAGAGUGUGGCACUGUCUCUGCUAUAGCUCAGAGCUCAGCACUGCCCCAGUCACUCCUCCCCACUGCUUUCCAGAUUGAAGCCAGUUUGGGGUCACAAAGGCAGGUCUGCCCUGGUGUCUUUGCUCAGACUGGUGGGACAGAUGGUGGUGGGCAGAGGAAGCUCCCCUCCCUACUUUGCUUUUUCCCCCCCUGCCUUUUGUUUUCCCAGUUUCUAAAGACAUGGUUUGGUGCUAUUCUUAACUUAAAACAAAGCCUUUGUUUUAGCAGUGUUGUGUGGCUUUCAAAUGGUUAAAAAAAAUAACAACAACCCCUAAAACUAAAGAAAUAGAAUCCUCCUCAAAUUUGGAACUGGCAGCUGCCUUUGACCGUGAACUCACUUCCCUCCCAUCCAGUUCAUUUCCUUUCUCCCCCAGACCUGCCAGCCCUCUAGGAAAUCAGGAUUUCGCCUGUCCCUGCCUGCUUUAAAGCCCCACGCUUUAACCCUGUGCUGACUUGGCUCCCUGAGCCCUUAGUGCAUGGCUGUGGGUGCCAGCACCGCCCCACCACCAUGGGAAUGGCAGCACAGCAAAGCGGGCUGCAGCCAUGCCAGGGGGGGAGCUUUGAUUUUGCACAUGGGAACGGAAGGUGGGAGCUGCGGGCACUCACCCAGGCCCCUCGGCGGUGGGAUGCGUGCUGGCAUGCGGCAAGAGCUGCUGCCUCAGCUUGUCCCAGUGCUCCUAUUGCAGGGCUGUACCCCGUAUUGAAGCCCCAGUCCUGGCCUCCUGCAGCUCCAAUGGUGGAUUUUCCUGCUCAUCAGACCCUGUGCAGUGGCAGCUUUGAAGAGAGGUUAGGAAAGGAUCCGCUUCCUGGCACGGUGCCUCCGCCUGCUCCUUUUGGUUGUAAAUCCCAGGAUGUGUUCUUGGCUUUGUGUUAAAUUGAAUUGCUGGAGAACGCUUUUUUUUUUCCCCUCCCUGAUCCCAGUAAGGAUUCACGAGGCCUUUAAAUGGCUCAGUAAUUCAGUAGCGAAGUUGGCAAGGAUCCCAAGAGCAAAACCACUCUCAUCAUCCAGCUGUGCCUUUCUGCAGUGAGCUCAGGGACGGCUCUGCUCUGCAUUUGGGGCAGCACUUGGUACUGCUCCCUUAUUCCUGGGAGCAGCUAACAGAUGUACAAUAGGAAAACAUCUGGCAGGUGUUUAGCAGGGUUCUUAUUCUGUGUUUCUUUGUUUUUUAAUUGAUGUUUCAUUGAUGUUCCAAAGCAUCGGUCCAACCCAAUGCAGGAAUAACUUGAUGUUUCUCCCAAGCUCUGUGAUGGUGGCAACACAUCACUGUACAUGUGGGGAAGGCUCUGACUUGGCCCCACUGGCCUUUGGUGGCACCCGACAGGGCUCUCCCCUGCUGCUAUGUGGAAAGCCCCACAUGACAGCUCCUGAGUCCUGGAGAGACUCUGGGGGGAGCCCAGGGCUCUUCCAGCAAAGUGACUCUGCUGGAUAAAAUAGGAUUUGCUUUUGGCUUGGGACUGAGUUCACAAAGUAGUGUUUGUACAGCAAGCUUUUGGCUAAGAGAUGCCUUUUUAAUGACAAAUGCACAUCCGAGCUUCACUUGGACACCAUUCCCUCCCACUCGUGACUUCGGGUAAGUCACUUCCCCUUUCUGUGAACCAUCUUUUUUCUUCAACUCCUCCUCCCUGGGGGAGGCUGCUUUGGGGUCUUUUACCUUCCCAGACUUCAGCAGGGCACUGAACUCACUGUGGCCUUGCUCUCCCAUUAUUAAUGCUGCAGAGGGACACAGGGCACGUGCACAUUUCAGCCUGUCCAAGCACACGGGAUUUCCACUGGAGCUUCAGGAAGGAAAAAAGGGAAAUGCUGCAGACCUCAUCCGCACCGGGCAGCCUCAGGAAGACAUGAACUCAGUGCUGCUGAGCACUGACUUCCAGGUCACAUCCCCUGUUCCCGGGGUGCUGUGGGAUUGGAGCGCCGUGGGGAGAGCUGGCAGCAUCAACUCCCAUGCAUUGUGUUGCAUCCUGGCCAUGGUGUGCUUGGAUGCUGUUUCCCUUCUUUGGCUGUGGGUUUUGUUCCUCUGAACAAACACACGGGCAGAACAACAACAAGAAUCUCCCCUUUUCCCAUUGAUCUGGGUGCCGGAGCUGUGUGAACCAGCAGCCAGCUGCAUUCACUGUGUUGUCCCAUUGGUACUGGGGCUAUUUUUAUGGGGAAGAGGCACAGUCCUUUUGCCAGGAAGGAAAGGGCCGCAGGUAGAUACCUCCAACCCUGAAGAUCCUCAGCACUGACCCUGGUGCCCUCACCCUGGCUGGCCCAAUCCAUGAUGGCAUUGUGUCUGAAGCAAGUCUUCAACAAAGACAAAACCUUCCGUCCUCGGAAGAAGUUUGAGCCUGGCACUCAACGCUUCGAGCUGUACAAGAAGGCUCAGGCCUCCCUUAAAUCAGGGCUGGACCUGAAGGCUGUGGUACAGCUGCCUCCUGGUGAGAGCAUCAAUGACUGGAUAGCUGUGCACGUGGUGGACUUCUUCAACCGCAUCAACCUCAUCUACGGCACCAUGUCAGAGUACUGCACGGAGAAGAGCUGCCCUAUCAUGUCGGGUGGGCUCAAGUAUGAGUACAGGUGGCAGGAUGAUAGCAAGUACAAGAAGCCAACCAAGCUGUCAGCCCCGCAGUACAUGAAUCUGCUGAUGGACUGGAUUGAGAUGCUCAUUAACAACGAGGACAUCUUCCCCACCAGAAUAGGUGUUCCCUUCCCCAAGCAGUUCCAGCAAGUUUGCACUAAGAUCCUCACCCGCCUCUUCCGUGUCUUUGUCCACGUCUACAUCCAUCACUUUGACCGCAUCAUCCACAUGGGGGCCGAGGCUCAUGUCAAUACCUGCUACAAGCACUUUUAUUACUUCAUCAGGGAGUUCAGCCUUGUUGACCACCGAGAGCUGGAGCCUUUGAAAGAAAUGACAGAACGAAUUUGCCACUGAAGCCAUAUCAGCAGGCAUACUCAGCAAGAUCGUUCAGCAUUCAGAGAAUGAACCCUGCGGUGGGAGAUGUCUUCCCAAGGACUUGCUCUGGGCAUUUCAACUGUACUAUGAAAACUGCAGAAGAGCCUUUCUUCUUUUUUUUUUUGUCUCCGGAUGCAUCAGUCUCCAAAUGUUUUGUUAGCGAGACCUGCCCUGUAAGCAGGUGUGACCUUGGCUACUGAGUCAUGCCUGUUGCUUUUCUCACACGCAUUGAACUGUGAUAACAUCUGAGAUCAGCUCUGCAAAGCUGGUGACAUUUGAUCCCAACUGACUCCAUGAGGUUAGUUGCCAGUGUCCCAUUUUUAACCACCACAAGCUAUGAAUGUUUCUCCUCCUGUCCUCAUUCAUACUUUACCAAAGUGACUUCCACCCCCCCACCCAAGGAAUUUUUCAUGCUUGGCAGAAGGGACUUGAGGAUGUUUUAAGAUGCAUCCAAUACCACUUGGACUAAUAGCAAAAUGGCUCCAUGACAAAUGGAGGUGAAAUGGGCCACUUUUCAGAGGGCCCAGCAAGUCUACUUGAGUAUUUUCCAUACUCAGAAACACUGAUACAAAAUAAGGGAAAGAAACUUGCCAGAAAACUAGAAAACAAAUGAUGUUUUCUCACGUCGUCCUGGCUCUAGAAAGCAGAUGCUGGCUAUAGCAAUCAUUACCUUUCCAUUAUUCGACUGUAGCGCACACACUGUUCUUCUGACAGGAGUUUGACUUUUUUCUUUAAUUAUUACUAAUGUGGGGGAAUUCAAUUGUCUGAGCCACGUUGUUAUGUUUGUGCUUCUUGGCCUUGUUCUGGGAAGGUUUUAUAGAGCAGACACAGGUGAUGUGUAUAAAAAGGGGGUUGCCCAUUUUGGGGAGGGGGGACGUGGGUAGGAAAUGUAAAUAUUUAAGACAACACUAAAGUUCACAAGUGGAUUUUUAGUGCUCAAAGCACUUAUUUUAUUGUGAAAAUCUAUUUUUUAAUCUUAUGUACCAGAUGUAUAUUUUUACAUGGAAAUAAAGUGGGACAAAAUGGCCACAAACCAUCUGAUACAGCACUCCAAUACUUUCUGUGUAAUGCAGUCAUUAAAAGUCCAAACGUUUUUGUUCUGUUACUAAUUAAAGAAGCAGGAAUG